UCCCGGGCAGCCACGGGUAAACAAGCCCGACCCCAGGCUGCCGACAUGGCUUCCCCCGGUGCCCAGGCUGCUGACAUGGCUUCCCCCGGUUCCGGGGACCCCAGCCUGGCAGGUCUGCCCCCUCGUCCUGUAGCCACUCCAGGUCCCGCCGCGACCCCGGAGCCCCCGUUCCCGGACAUCUACUGCGGAGAUGCACAGCUCUGGGAGGCACACUUCCGCGGCAUCGGGCGCGCCUACUGUGCGCUGGGCAAGGAGGACGACUUCGCCAUCCGCGUGCUCACGGAGGACUUCACGCUGCCUUUUCCUUUCGCCUGGCCACCGGGGCCCGACCCGGCCCGCGGGCCGCUCUUCUACGACCCGCACGACCGCACGGGCUUUGACUUCCUGCUGGGGGGCCCCGACGCGCCGCCCCCGGCGCUGCUGCGGCCCCUGCACAACACGGCGCAGGCGGCGGUGCGCAAGCGGCGCCUGGAGCAGCUGGCGCUGAGCUAUGCGCGCGCGGGUGGCGGCCCCCGGCCGGGCUUCGCGCCGCUCCUGCCCGCGCCCACCGCCGGCAGCGCCUUGCCGGGGCCCGUGGGGCCUAAGGCCGCCUCCCCCGGCGGGGGCGCCCCCAGGCUGGGUUAGCACGGUCCCCGAGAAAAUGAAUAAAGAGUGCCUCUGCUUCUCCCGCCCCGAGGCUCUUUGCCGGCCACAC